AUAGAUUUUGUGUAAUGUCAUUUCAUUGGAUUUAAACAUUUUAUUUCAAUGCAAUGAAAAUAUUUUCUGUUUAUCACAUAUUCAUCGAAUAAAUUAUUAAGCACCUCAAUCUAAAUUACUGUGGCCUGUUAGGAUUUGGAAGACACAAAGGUCCAAUCCAAAUGAAAAAUGGCACAAAGUUCGCACGGCGGCAGCCACCGACGCGGCAGGGACCACGACGGCCCAAUGCGGUACACCACCGCCGACUGGGAGGCCAAAGAAGCCCUGUACCAACGGGAGCUCGACGAAGCGAGAGCCCGUGCCACUCAAAUGGAGAAAACAAUGCGUUGGUGGUCCGACUGCACUGCGAACUGGCGAGAGAAAUGGAGCAAGGUACGUACAGAACGAAACAAGGCCAGGGAGGAAGCCAAGCAGUUUAAAACCAAGGUGGACGCACUCACCAAAGAAUUAGCCACUUUGAAGUCGGAGAAAAACGAAUUGGAUCAGCAAUUAUGUGAUGUCAAAAGAGAUAAUGAAAAACUGCUCAGCAUUGGUGAGAGCAGGAUAGUAGCUGCCGAUCUGACGGCUGACGACGGCGUUGAGCUGCGAAGAAAGGUGGGUUACGUUUCGCCGAACGAACCAACGCCAAGACAAAGAGCCUCGUUGGAUUCACACAAAUUUUCUAAUGUAGAUAACGUACUUGCCAAUAAGUUGGCUGAACUGAGAUUGAGACUCGACGAGACGUGUAAGAAUUUGCAAACUGAGAAAGAUCAGAAAACAUUCUUGCUAACUAAAGUAGAAACUUUGACGGCAGAACUUCAUAGCGCCAAAAAGGAUUCACUCCACAGCGACCGCACGUUGGGAUCCACUGACUCUAGUCACAGCGAGGUGGAGAGAUUACAGAAUGAACUUCAGGAUGAAAUAGCGGCUAAACAAGUCUUAGAAGAGAAGAUAGCCGAAUUGAAAAUGGAAGUAGAGAGAUUAAAAUCAGAAAAUACGGUGCAGUGGAGUAAAAGAGAGCUGCUUGAAACCGAAAAUGUCGCUAUAUUGAGGGAAAAUAAGAAAUUGUACAGUCAAGUUUGUGAACUGAGGGAACAGAUACAUAAAUUGAAUAGAAUAUCCGAUGGGAGUGCUUACGGUAUACCGUUCACAAACGACCAUGCGAAAUUGGACUCUAAUGUGUUGUACGUAAGGUCCAGUGCGAGUCCGCGAUCUCAAGAGUCGAGUAAUUCUUCUGAAGCUAAUCUGGCGCUUGAUGGUAAAACUAAUACAUCAGGGGAAGAUGACGAAUUAGCUAUAGUUGAAACAAAUUAGAAUAUUCUCAUUUCAUUCUGAGAACAUGUAUGUAAAACAGAUUGUAAUUUUACGUUUCUCUAUCAUGGUAUCUGAAGCCUACAGGGCCAUAGAAGAAUAUGGAGAAUUAUAACUCAAACACGCAAUUCUAUUGCAGUCUCUCAUUCAACAAUAGAGCAAGUUGACCAUUUAUAUUGUUCAUCAGAAGUUUUUGUUUUGUAAAAAAAGUGUCUUGUGCAAGAUAUUAAUUAAUUUACAAUACAGAUUGAGAUUAAUAUUCGUAAACACGUGUAAUACUAUGCGCAACAAUGGGGUAAUAGUUGAAGGGUAUUCGGUUUGGAUAUAAUAUAGCAAACUAUAUAUGUAAUUCUUAACAUAGUAUAAUAACAUAGCAUCUUACAAAGCAAUAAUAUUGAAAUAACAAUUGUUGCUGAGUCUUCGAAAGCUAGAUUUAAUUAAUAAAAAGUACAGGGAUAGUCAACUGCAUAAAAAAAAUACGAACCUCCUUUGGUUUUUAAUAAUCAGUAAAAAUAUGUUUUAAACAGAUCUCUUAAAUUUUGAGUAUACAUAUAUAAUUAAUAGUCUGGAAGGACAUAGGGUACUUUCAUCCUGAAAUUAUACUUAAGUUCCCGUGGAAUUUGCGAAAAACCUGUAUUCUUUUGUAGAUGGCGCUUAAUUCGCGCGGACGAUGCUGCGGGUAAAAACUAGUUUAAUAAUAGUUUUAAAUAUCCAUUCAUCAUUCAUUCAAGAUUCCAAUCUACGUUGCAUUUAAGGCAUUCCAAAAGAAAAUAGCCAAUGAAUAAGUAAUGUGAAAUCUAAUUGAUGAUAACUGAAAAUAUUUAUAUAUCUAGUGAAUCAAUUCACGAACGUGCUGACAAACCAUACGUCUUCUCUUUCUAACUUUCUCGUUAAUCUAGAGUUAAAGCGAGACAUACUCUGUCAAUGAUCAUUAAAAGCACGGCAUUUGAUUUCCACUAGCGCACUCUGUUGGCAGAGAUCUGAAAAUAAAUGUGUCCUAAUGUAGAAUAGUAGGUAUCGCAAUGUGUUAGUGAUUGUUGAUUAUUGUGAUAGUCUAGUUUUACAAAUAGAUAACAGUAGUCUUGAUAGUAACGCUCUAUUGAAAGAUAAAAUAAUGAUUCCAGAAAUUGGAAUAAUAUAUGACUAAUAUUAUUCCGAUUUUAAUAAAUAUGAAUAUAUUUUUCUGUGGUAAACAUUGAAAUCCCAUAUCUGAAAUUUUGGUCCUUUUUUAUUUUAUUUUAAAAUAACGUUUCGGUGUGAGACUUUACGUGACUUUUUUUUGUCAAGUAAAAUGUUAAAGUCAAUUAUUAUUGCCAUUUCCAAUUAGAUUAAAGACUUCAUAACAAAAUAUAAUUUUAACAACGUUAGUUUUGUGUAAUGGUAUAAUCAACCGCAUAUCAAGUUACUGUGCAUGGAAAUAGAUAACGCAAUAAUGGAGGCGAAUUUGCAGUGAAUUUGGGCAGGUUGAUAUAUAUUGUUGACUGUACCGUAUAUACAUAUUAUAUAUAUUUCUCGAACCUUUGUCUUUUAAUAAAUUAAUUGCUUAGUUUUACUAGUAUUAUUGAAUAAGUACCAAAACGUAUUUUUUCUAUGAUUCCAUUUUGUAUUUAUUGUUUUGAUGUAUUGUGUUUUUUUUGUACAAUGAGUUUACAUAACUGCCUAAUUAUUUACUAAAAAUAGAUAUAAGAAUAUUUGCUACAGUGGCCAAGUUAAAAGUUUUUUUUUUCUCUUUUACGAAAUGGCCAUCGCCAUUUUGAGCACCUAAAGCUUAUCCAAAAUGGCGCUCUGAUGGCGGCGAAUCCUCAUAUUGAACCUUAUUGCUAGUACACAAGGCUCAUUUUCUGAGGGAGUUUUUAUAACACCUGUUUGUACAGUAAACAGCAGAGUAACAUGACCUCAUGGUCAGAUUUCUCUGCCGUUUUCUGUACCUAAUUUAUGUUUAACUUGUGUCAUUAAUUCCUAUUUAUGAAAGCAUCACAGGGAACAAACUGCUUGACUGAUAACUUUUUAAUUUUGUCUCGACUAAGGCCUAAAUAGUUAAAGUUCAAAUUAAGUGUCCUAAAUAUGAAUUUUAUUUUAAUUGUAUAGAAUAUAACCUAAAUAUAAGU